AAUGCGUGCUUUCUUUAAUCAAUCCAACUGCAUUCUGACGAUUACUCAUCAUCUGUGAACUACGUCAGGAUGUUAAUAAGGUUAACUCUGACGUGUGGCUUCUCGAAGAAAGCCCCAUUUCCCCGAUUUUAGCACAGAUAUAAUGGAUUGAACGAAAAACUAUUACAAUGGAAAAUAAGGUCACAUGAUGGAAUGGGCAUAUAGCGGAGUAAAUAAAACCGUGCCCCGAAAUGCAGGUCCGGAAUGCGCCCAAUUUAUGAACCCCAUAUGGCGCCUAAUUGAAACCGUUUUUGUCCUCGCAUUCGCUGUGACUUUGUUCAAAUGGAGUUACUCCAGGAUAACGUUGCCUACGAUGGUUUACGUCCGAAGAGAUCGCAGAGGUCGUCGAGCGCUUCUGGUGAUGAUGUCGCUGAUUUGGGGAAUGGAAAUAGGCUAUAAGUUCUCAUCGCGUACUGUGAUAUAUUUGUUAAACCCCUGUCAUAUAACAACAGCGAUCCAGAUAUAUUUGUUAGCGGCUUCCCCCAGUAAAACUGUUACGGCGGUAUUUCGAGUGCAUUUAAAUCUUUUAAAUGGGCCAUUAUUGGCGUUUUUGUUUCCAGAAACCGAUACUAGAAUAUUGCCAUUAGAAUCUGCGAUAUAUUGGAUACAACAUGGAAUGAUGUUUGUCGUGCCUUAUUACCUGCUUAGAUUAGGAGGGGUUUACAAUGUUGAGAAGUUUUCCGACCUGAGUUGGAAUGCUUUCAGCUACAGCAUUAACGUUAUUUAUCAUUUCGUGUUUUUACAAACAAUCGCAAUUCCAACGGAAGUAAAUCUGAAUCACAUGUUAUGUCCGGCCAUAUUGGAUCCUUUCGAAGGACAACUGUAUAGAAUAUUUGCAGUGGUUCAUCAAGCAAUACUCUGUCCAGUAUUGAACAAAAUAUUUUGCUUAAUAGCAAAUUUCUUUUUAACAAAGUUUUGGAUGACUAAAGUUAAAUCAACGUUAUACUACGAAGUUACAGAUGCAAAUGGUGCAACAGACACUGGAAAUCAUCACCAUCUCCACUAAAUUUUAAUUAGAAAUAAUUAAGUAGAACUUACAAAGUUGCAAAUACAUACAGUGAGAGGCAAAAUUAUGGAAUAAUCUUAUUAAAACUGAAAAUAUUUUGUUUUUGCAAAAAUACCCGAACAGGUCAAUUAUCUUUUUAAAACAUACACAAUUUUC